AGCGCGCCCCUCCUCCCGCCCCUGCCCCGCCGCACUCGAGGACCGGCCGUCGUCCAGGGUCGCCGACCGCGGAUCCGGUGGGGACCCUCGCCCGCCCUCAUGGAGGAGCUCCAGGACGUGCAGCUGACCGAAAUCAAGCCCCUCCUCAACGACAAGAAUGGCACCCGCAACUUCCAGGACUUUGACUGCCAGGAGCACGACAUCGAGACCCCCCACGGGGUGGUCCACGUCACCGUGCGCGGCUCGCCCCGGGGCAACCGACCGGUCAUCCUCACCUACCACGACAUCGGCCUGAACCACAAGUCGUGCUUCAACGCGUUUUUCAACUUCGAGGACAUGCAGGAGAUCACCCGGCACUUUAUCGUCUGCCACGUCGACGCCCCCGGCCAGCAAGAGGCGGCGCCCCCGUUCCCCUCCGGGUUCCAGUACCCCACCAUGGACCAACUGGCCGAGAUGCUGCCGGCCGUCCUGACCCACCUGAGCCUGAAAGGGGUGAUCGGGAUCGGCGUGGGAGCCGGAGCCUACGUCCUGAGCAGGUUCGCGCUCAGCCACCCGGAGCUGGUAGAGGGUCUGGUGCUCAUCAACGUGGACCCCUGUGCCAAAGGGUGGAUCGACUGGGCGGCUGCCAAGCUGUCAGGCUGGACCACCAACGUCGUGGACAUCGUUCUGGCUCAUCACUUCGGGCCGGAGGAACUGCAGGCCAACCUGGACUUGAUCCAGACGUACCGACUGCACAUCGCCCAGGAUAUCAACCAAGACAACCUGGGCCUCUUCCUCGGCUCGUACAACAGCCGCAGGGACCUGGAGAUCGAGAGACCCGUCCUGGGCGGCACCGCCGACGGCCGAGCGAGGACGCUCAAGUGCCCGGCCCUGCUGGUGGUGGGGGACGGCUCGCCCGCCGUGGAGGCCGUGGUGGAGUGCAAUUCACGCCUGGACCCCUCCAACACAACGCUACUCAAGAUGGCGGAUUGCGGGGGGCUGCCUCAAGUCGUGCAGCCCGGGAAGCUGACCGAAGCCUUCAAGUACUUUGUCCAGGGAAUGGGCUACAUCCCGGCCGCCAGCAUGACCCGCCUGGCCCGCUCCCGCACGCACUCGAUGUCCAGCGUGGGCUCCGGAGAGAGCGUCUACGGCCGCUCCCUGGCCAGCUCGCAGUCGGAGGGAGCGGCCGGGGCCGCCGACGGCCUGGAGGGCCGGCAGACCGUGGAGGUGUCCUGCUGAGGACGGGCGCCGCUCCCGCCCCCCGGACUGACCCGUCCCGUCGUCCCCCGCCCGCCCACGCAUG